AUGGACACAAAGAAAUUACAUACUUUAGAAAUAGAAAUCCCAGGUAAAGGUUCCAAACAGAAACAUAAAAUAGAUGAUCAAAUUGUAGUAGCUUCAGCUGAUACCAUUGGAAGUUGGAUAUUGUCAAGUGAUAAGGAUAUUGGUGAAGAAUUAUCCAAAUACCAUGAAAAUAUUCUUUGCACAAAGGCAUAUUUUUAUCUGGCUUAUUUCAGAAUAUUGAAUCUUUUUAGUGAGGAUACAGAAGAUUUUAAUAAUAAUAUAAAAUUAAGUGAUAUGAAAAAUGAACAAAAAAGGCCCUUCUAUGAGCUGAUGGACAAAAUUUCUAAGGUAUUGAUAAAGAAACCUUCUGAUUUAAUUACUGAUAUUGAAAGCUGUGUGAUUGAAGAUAAUAUAAAAGUAAAUACAAUUAGAAAACUUAUUCAGACAUAG